AUGGAACAGGAUUCUCAUUGUAACGAUCAGGAUCGUUUGCAUUCAGGAUUAAGACACGAUGCUAUUCUUCGCGGACAAACUGGUACUAUUACAAAUAAAAUAAAUUCUCAACAGCCAACGAAAAGAUUAUCCUCAGUCAGCGAGCCUGGUACAAGUAACAAACGGAACGAAUCUAAGAAAUCCACUGUAUCACCGAAAACUGAUUUCCUAUCGCAAGGAUUUUAUAAGGCCAAACUUUUGCAAAUGAAGCAAAGAAAACAAUUUGACCAACAAGUUUUAAAAUCUGUUAUCAGACCAUCAAGUUUUGUUCCACCGGCAACUAUUUUAACAAAAAAUAUGGACAAAGUACGGAAGCCAGCAUCGACUCGAACUUUGUUAAAUUUCAAUCACAAUGAAGAUUCUAUUAUUAUUAGAGCGAAUACAUCCAAUGAUACAGAAGUAGAUAAUAAAUUGAUUGAAUCUAAAACGUUUGAAAUGAAUGAAAUAUCCUUGGAUGAUCUAAGAAUAGAUCAUAAUAACAAGGAUAACUAUUUUGCGAUUCAACGGAGAGUGGAAGAAGCUGUUAAGAACAAAAAGAUCUUUCUAAUACGUGGCGAUAUUCCAUAUUUGGAAAAUACAUUAAAGAAAAGAGGUUGGAUAAAGAAAUACGAAUCUAGAAAAACGAGACACGUGCCUUACGGUAAUGCAGCUAUUAUGGAUUCACCAUCGAUUGGAAAUAUUCAUCUUCCAGAUGGAUCCUUGAACGAGGAUUAUAUUAUUUUCACUGUAUUGAAACAUGUACCGCCAGAUUUUAUUUGGGAUUGUCGUAAUGAUUUUGUGGAAUGGACAGGUCAUAUCAAACCCGAUACAUUGUUGAAUAGAUAUGACAAAUCAUUCAUAUAUACGUCGAAGCUCGGAAUGGCAAUAAUUUUGGGAAAUGUUCAUUGGCACACCGAAGAUAAUGUUUCCACUGUAAAUUAUCCAAGAAGUUACAACGUUGCCCGUGACAAAGGUGCAUUUCUCGAUGAUUAUCGACAAACUGCAGCGGUGAGCCUUUUAAAAUGGUUCACCGAUCAAAUCGAGCAAGGUGUCAAUAUAUCUAAUAAAGGCUCGUCACCAAUUUCAUCGAAACAAAUCGAAUUUGCGAUAAAACGUUGUGAGAAUUUUAUUGCCAUGAAAAACGAUGAGUAUUUGGAUAUACCGGAAGUUCCUAUUUCUUCGACAGAGUGGGAUAAAUUUAUCGACGAUUACGUUAUGGUAGUUCAUCGUGGCAACGGAAUUAUAGAUCAAGAGUUCAACGACGAACGUUCGUCUUUAUCUAUACUAUACGAUUCGGCGGUGGAAAUUUUAAAGAAAGUAAAGGAAAACGAUCCUCAAUACGAAUUAAAUGGAAUGCGAAAUAUUUGGAUCUUAAAGCCAAGUAAUUAUUGCUGCGGAGUUGGUAUUGCGAUGGCACAUAAAUUAAGUUACAUAAUUAAAAGAGUACAGGAUUGCGCAAAAGAUUAUUUUAUUGUACAAAAGUACAUAGAAAAACCAUUACUCGUUAAGGACACGAAGUUCGAUGUUAGACAAUGGUACCUUGUUACUAACAGUUAUCCGCUAACUAUAUGGAUUUACAAAGAAUCGUUUUUACGUUUUAGCUCAAGGCCGUUCUCUUUUGAUAGCUAUCACGAAGCUAUACACAUUUGUAACACUGCGGUCCAGAACAAGUAUAUUAUUCCUAAAACCUCUAUUCGUUCGCAGGAUUGGGAUUGUGAAAAACUUAAUGAAUAUUUAAAAACAAUAGGGUAUACGGGAGAACCAUGGUACGAAAAAAUUUAUCCAAAAAUGUGUCAAGCUAUAAUCGCUACUAUGUUGGCAGCGCAAGAACACAUGGAUAAAAGAAGAUGCAGUUUUGAAUUGUAUGGAGCAGAUUUUGUAAUAAUGGAUGAUCUAUCGGUUUGGCUGAUAGAGAUAAAUACGAAUCCUCGUAUGCAUCCACCUGGAACUAGAAUCACUCAAAGAUUAUAUCCUAAUGUAUUGGAGAGUCUUAUAAAAGUCAUAAUGGAUUAUCCAUUCGAUCCAAACGCAGAUACAGGAGAUUUUGUGUUAGCGUAUAAACAAGUGAUCACUGAAAUACAGCCAAACACUGGACUAUGUCUAACUGCUUUGGGUAAAGCUAUGCUAACAAAAUCCAAAAUUGUACAACAUAUGAAUUGGCAAUACCUCUGAAUUAAUCUUUUACAAAUUCUUUUAUAUAUAUAUAUAUAUAUAUAUAUAUAUAUAUACAUAUGUGUAUAUAUUUAUAUAUAUACAAAAAAAUAUAUAUAAUACAAAACAAAAGAUACAGAAUUAUAUCGACUAGAUCGUUAUAAUUACAAUUAAUAUAUUCUAAAAACGAAAACUAACUCGAUUGAACGAACAAAAGAGCGACUAAUAAAAACGUAUUUAUUUUACAAGUAACAAUAUCACGAGUAUACAAUUCUGUAUGAACAGAUUUUUUUUUCUCUCUUCUUUUAAAUACAUAUUUAUACACGAUUAAGUAGAGGACAUUCUUCUCACGUCUGCACUUAUAUUUCGAUACGUACAAAAUCAUCCACUAUCAAUCUUAGAUCAUCUAUUCAUCACUUUCCCGGCUUGUUCUUUUUCUUUCGUUUCUUUUUUUUUUUCCCUGUUGUCUUUUUUGUUUUUUGAUUAAAAUAAUGUAAAAUUUUGGAAACACAAUAACAGAUGUCUUUUAUCAAAACUUUUCGAUUAUAACGAGGAUUAUCAAAUAUCGCGUAUUAUUGCAAAUAUUAAGGAAAUCUGUGUGCAUAUUGUUUCAUACAACCGAUAAAUAACAUUCAACUUAAUAACGGAAUAGCUUUAAUCAGUUUGUAGUUCCAUAUUGUUAUAUUUACUGUGUGAGAUAAAUCUUCUGCUUCUAUAGAAAGUACAAAUAUACCCUAGCAUAAUAUUCGUAAUAUAUUCUAACUGAAAUAAAAUCAUUUUAUUUCCUGUUAUAAUACAAUAAGAGAAAAUCCAUACUAUUUAAAAUUGUAUUUGUGAAUUGGGAACACAUAUAUUUAAACCGCACUUACACCAAAAA